AUGGGUAAAAGGAAGAAAUCGCAGUAUAAUAUAUGUCAAAAGAAAGUAACAAAUAUCAAUGUUCAUAUAAGAACUCAUAUCGGUGAGAAGCCGUACAGUUGUCCGAUAUGCAAGAAAAGAUUCCGAAUACAAUUUUAUUUGCCAUAUCACAUAGCAACUCACAACAAAAAUAGGCCAAUCUUCAACUGUACU